GCGAGGAGGGGAGGGGAUGUCACAAUGGCUGCCACAAGCGCUCCAAAAUGCGAAAGUCGGGAUUAUCCACUAUAUUUAGAACGCGUUUGAACACGCGAUUUUAAUUUUGUUGCUCCCCGACGAUUCUGCAGGAGUUUUUACCGCUUGGGGGACCUGUUUCUUGCAUUGUUAGUACUCUGCCGGACGGACUUUACGCGCUUGGUGUGAGAGAUCAGGCCUAGCCGGCUGGCUAACAAACAAGCCUUUGCCAGAGUUGGAAGGUAAUAUGUAACAUAAAAUCAUCAUUAUGACAUCCAGAUUUGGUAAGACAUACAACCGCAAGGGAGGGGAGGCCAAUUCCAAGUUCGAAGAGGUAUUCUCCAACAGGAAGCCCACCUUGAGCACUAAAUGGGGCGAGACCACCUAUCAGGCCCAGAUGGGGGCCAAAAGGCCUCACUCAAAUUCGGAUGAGCAGUCCAAAAGGCCCCGGCUGGAGGACAGCGACAGCGGGGAGGACCCAUUUGGGUUUGACAGCGACGAUGAGUCGUUAAGGGUUGACGAGGGCGGCGAACCCACAACGGUCACUGAAAACGUCGCUGUUGUGACAACUGUUUCGCAGAGUAUAACCAGCCUAACUGCCAAAAUUCCAAUCAAACCAGCAGUUGAUGUAAAGGUUGUCCAAAAUAAUAAGCCAUGGUACAAAAUUGUGCCGCUGAGCAACCAGGCGCCGACAGCCGCGACUUCUUUGUCCAACACCGCAGCCCCCUUGUCUAUACACUCUUCAGGGACACAGAGGACCGUCUUUGCUCUUCAAACUGCUGUCACACUGGCCGCCGAUAUUCCAGGUGGUUGCUCAGACUUCCAGACCACCCCCUCCUUUUCUAAUAAUGAUGCACCACCGUCAGUAGUAGAAAGUCCUGAGCAGGAGCCUCCUCCAGAGCCAGUGGACAACAUCCCCCCUUCCCCGUUCACCCUCAGAGCCUCAAAUUGCAAGAAAUACCAACCUCGUCGGUCAAACAAAUUAUGCCCAGAAGAUGACACCGACGCAGCCCCCGAAUCGGAGAAUACCUCUGAGAAACCCAACAGUGUUGUUUCUGCUUCAGCAAGCAACGACGCCGCCAACGCAAAGGCGCCGGCCAAGCCUGCAGGCCGGGGAGCCGGGAGGGUCCGUGACUACACAGUCCUGCACCCCUCCUGUGUGUCUGUGUGCAACGUCACCAUCCAAGACUCCAUUGAGCGCAACGUGGAAGAACUGGUUACGCCGGCCACGCCUGCCGACCUUGGAGAUGUGGGACAGAUGAAGAAGAAGUCAGACGUGCAGCCUAAACCUCCAAGAUUCAGAACCACUCAGGUCAAGGCCAAGAAAACAAAGGCUGAGUCAAAGUUAGAGUUCUUUGGCUUUGAGGACGAGGAUGCCCAAGGGGGCGACGAGGCUUCCGAAGGCGCUGGCGUGGGCAAGAGCAGCUAUAAGAUCAAGUAUUUCGGCUUCGACGACCUCAGCGAGAGUGACAGUGACGACGAGAGCUCAAGCUUCAAAGAGAAGGCUAGGAAGUCUGCGGCAGCGUUGGCCGCUCUCAGCUCUGGGGUGGAUAGUCCUCAUACCAGUGACUCCCAGGAUAGCCAGGCCAGCAGCAAUACAGACACUUUUGACUUCUCUGACGACUGCAGUCCGGGGGGCACGGAGAGCCAAAAAGGCCGCUCAGGGAAGCAAAGCGAAAAGUCCAAGGACCUGGGUAGUGGAUUCAAGAAGAUCUUUAGCGGGCCCAAAAAGUCCCCUGCCAAAGCGGUGUACAACGCUCGACACUGGAACCAACCAGAGGCCGAAGAGAUCACCGCACCGCCCCUCUCUCGAUCGCAAACAGCCCCGGCCAUCUUAUCGAGCGGCGGAAGCAGCGGCGGUGGCAGCAGCAAGGACAGCAACUCCCAUAAAGAUGACGGCUUGUUCAAAGCUCCUCCACCCCCGCCCAAAGUCAUUAAAUCAGAGACCAUCCCCACGCGACCUUACCAGGACAUCGUCACUGCGCUCAAGUGCAGGAAGGAACAUAAGGAGCUGUACACGGUGGUGCAGCACGUCAAACACUUUAACGACGUAGUGGAGUUUGGCGAGAAUCAAGAGUUCACAGAUGACUUCGAGUACCUGGAGACUGGCUUGAAGAGCAGUCAGCCGCUCAACACAAGAUGCCUUAGUAUAAUCAGCCUGGCCACACGGUGCGCCAUGCCCAGUUUCAGGAUGCAUCUGCGUGCCAGAGGCAAGGUGGCGCAGGUGUUCAAAAUGCUCAGCGACUCAGCUCAGCACCCGAACCUUGCCCUGUGCACGGCAGCGCUCAUGUACAUACUGAGUCGCGACCGCCUUAAUAUGGACCUGGAUCGCGCCUGCCUGGAGCUGAUGAUUAAACUGCUAGAACUCGACCAAGAUUACUCUGCUCACCAAGACCAGCUUACUGCAAAGGAGGUGGCCAAGGUGAAGGAGAAGAUCCGGAAGCUGUGCGAGACUGUGCACAACAAACACUUGGACCUAGAAAACAUCACGACGGGCCAUCUUGCCAUGGAGACAUUGCUCUCACUCACAUCUAAAAGAGCGGGUGAUUGGUUCAAGGAAGAGCUGCGACUCCUGGGCGGUUUGGACCACAUUGUAGACAAAGUAAAAGAGUGUGUGCAAAACCUGAGCCAAGAGGACAACAAGGAGAACCUUGUAGCGUCUUUAUGGGGAGCUGAAAGAUGUCUGAGAGUGCUCGAAAGUGUGACUGUGCAAAAUCCGGAAAACCAGGGUUACUUAAUUGCAUACAAGGACUCGCAGCUCAUCGUCUCCUCUGCAAGAGCGCUGUGCUACUGUGAAGAAAUGAUCCAGCGCUACAGCAGAGCUUUGAACAACAGUUCCUUGUCAACUGAGUCGGGCACUGCUCUGCCUCACUGUAGCUUCAGCAACGUGGGCAAGGCCGUAGAGGACUGCAUGAGGGCCGUCAUUGGCGUGCUGCUCAACCUCACCCACGAUAAUGAGUGGGGAAGUACAAAGACUGGUGAGCAGGAAGAGCUCAUUGUCACGGCACUAAAUUGUGUUCUUCGGGUGCCACGCUUUAUCCCACAGGAACAACGCUUUGACGUGCGUGUACUGGGUCUCGGUCUACUCAUCAAUUUGGUUGAGUAUAGCUCAAGAAACCGGCACUAUCUGGUGGACAUGGAGUACAACAUAGAUGACUUCUGUCUGGAAGACAGCCUGACGCUGCCGGCCGAGCCAACACAAACUGACGCGUUGGCUGAGUCGGCACAGUCGAACGCGCCUGGGAUGGAGGAAGAUGGAGCGGAGAAGCCCAAGGCCUGUGGUGCUUUGGCUGCCCUGGUAAAGCUCUUUCUAGAGAGAGAGAGAGCUGCGAUCCUAGCAGAAGCCAAAACGGACGACCUCAUUAGCGAGGCACCCAAGCCCCAGGACCAGAGUGGCGAGUGGAAGGAGACCAUGGGAGAGAUCCAGUGGGUGGCAGCUGAACCAAAUGACGGCCAGCCCGAACUAGAGAAUCCAAAGAAAGAGGAGGAAGAUGAAGAGUUGGACCUAAACAAAGCUUUGCAACAUGCGGGCAAACAUAUGGAGGACAGCAUUGUCGCCUCCUACACGGCUCUGCUACUGGGAUGCCUCUGCCAAGGCAGCCAGGUGAACGUGACUACUGUGAGAGAACACCUCCCCAAAGGAGACUUCUCAAUCAUGACAGAAAUGCUUAAGAAGUUCUUGAGCUUUAUGAACCUCACUUGUGCGGUGGGCACCACGGGGCAGAAGUCCAUCUCCCGGGUCAUCGACUAUCUGGAGCACUGCUAACAGCAGACGCUAAGAACAACACGCCGAUCGCACACCCAGAGGGUUGGCUAGGUCGUCUCUGGCCAGAGCCACGCGGUGUACGGAAGGGGGCCGUGCCUGGCGAGUCGCACACAACUGAACCAAAGCCAGCGCUUGCCGUCGACAUUCACCCCUCGGUUCACGGCGGGGGCGCAGGAACGUUCUGAAACGUCUGGAUGGAACAACGUUUGAAAUUUCCCGGCUAGUUCCCUUAUUCGUCUUUUUACCUUCAACGCCAACAAUGAAAUCGCUGACCAGCAUGAAAAAAAAGGCUUUCAUGCAUGUCGCAAUGAUGUCUUCAUGCGUUCACUGGCCCCUAAUGUUUGCAGUUGAAUGUCAUGGAGGGAUUUAUGUGUUUUGGAAUUCUUGUUCUCUUUUUAGUUUUCCUUUUGAGGGCCAUUUAUUUCGAUUUUAUGAAUUAUGAAUCCGCUUUUAAUGAAAGCUGGACCGUUCUGAGUGAUAAUGGCUCACUCAGGGCAUGUUUUAAUGUGUGUUAGUUUUAGAUUAUUUAAAACCAAUCACACAGUACAUAAUCUCACAAUGUAUUUUAACCUUGCAGAUGUGAAUUACUGUGUACAUUGUUUUUUCAUUUUUAUUUUUAAAAUUAUAUAUAUUUAAUUGAAUUCACAAUCCUGAAAUAUCUGAUUUUAAUGUUGGACAGCAGAGUGACUGGACAUACUUUAAACAGAAUGACAGAUACUUCACUUCUCCUUAAAUUAGGCAAUACUAUGUGGAUAUUUAGCCACUCAAUUACUGAUAUAAAUUUCCCAUUAACUAGAUGGCUGUGGUUCCUCUUUUGAGCUCGAACGCAUAUUUGACUGCACCGUGUGAUGAGAAACUUAUCCCAGCUUGACUAGACUGUGAUGUUUAUCUUCACUUUGAUCUGACGUGUAUUCAUUCAUUUGAGAGUGAUAAGAUUGAUGAAUUCUGUCUAGGUAUGGACCACCUCAACAGGAUGGAUGAGGAUAUGAGCUAUAUAAAAGAUGGUUGUUUCAAUUGCUUGACUGGUUUUGAAAUGUGGUUUACAUAUGUCCAGCCAUUUGCCCACAAGCCCCCCUUCUACAUAUAUUUAUAGUGCCCCCACCUAUUAUUUUAGCCACGCCCGCCUAGGUGGAUGUCAUCUGCUCGGCCUACAGCACAGGCUCAUAUCCCUCAGUGAUGAACUUUGAACUUGUAAAAUGUCCACUCUGUAUGGAAAUGUAGAAUGUAAAUAAUGGUGUACAUUGACAAAAAUGCUUAGACUACUUUUUGUCCCCUCCUACCUCCUUUUGUCUCUCCCCACCUACCUGGAAGCUGAUGAUAUUUUUAUUUUAUACAAUAUUUCUGUCAUUUGGGGAAAAAAGGAGUAAUGAGAAAUAAAAUGUUUGUACUUGUUUCCAUGU